AUGUGGAAACGGCUUUCUCCCCCUGGUGAUGGUAUCAUCGAACUUCCAAUCGCAGCCGCAAAGAACCUCCCCGAGUCCCUACCCGCCCCAAAUAACCCAGAGACAGCACUAGUCUACGGCGUAUCAGUCUUUCACCAGCUACACUGUCUGAACUUCCUCCGAUUCGCCUAUUACCCCUCCUCCUUGCAAGACAUGGACGCAGAAGAAGUCGUCUUCCACCGCGACCACUGUCUUGACUAUAUCCGACAGGCUCUCAUGUGCCAUGCAGACCCUACUUUCGAGCCAAUGACCCAGGUAGGAAUCAACGGUAUGGGAGCGACCCAUCAGUGCCGAGAUUUCGAUAAGAUCUUUGCUUGGGCGUAUGAGCAUCGGUCGAAUAAGGUGUAUGGAUCGGGGUAUACUGGUGGCAAACUUACGCACACACCUGCCGACAGGAAUGAUUUCGAUGAGAGUCUGCAUGCUGGACAUGGUCAUUGA